AAAAGCAAACUGGUUCGCCAAAACUUUAUCUAAACCGAUAUCGUCUUCGCAGUAAACAAACCUGUUCGGAGCAAUGAAGUGGUUCACUCUGUGUUUAUCCGUAGUUCUGUGUAUCUUGAGAGCUCAGGCGGCACCAGAACGCACUUCACGGAUCAUCAAUGGACAAUAUGCCAACCACCACCCGUAUAAUGCUUACAUAGUGUACAAAAGGGCCGACCAGUAUGGAUACUUCGGAGGUGGCACAAUCAUUUCCGAUCGCCACAUUCUCACGGCUGCUAUGAACAUCUACGGAUUCGUCCAGUGGGACGUUGGAGUAGGAAGUAACAUCCUCACUCAACUGGGCACGGUUGUGUCGUAUUCGGCCAUAGCCCAUCCAUCGUUCAACUCUGCAAACCGGGCUAACGAUAUCGGAGUCAUCACCCUACCGGUUUCGCUGGUCAUCUCUUCGACCGUGUCCCCAAUCGCUCUUCCUCCGCUGUAUACUUCCUCCGGGUUCCCCUUUGAGAACGAGCAGGGCACAGUUGUGGGCUUCGGGUUCACCGAUGUUGCUGCCACGAUUCGUCCGAGCAACCUGAUGAUAUCGUAUCAGCGGGUGAUUUCCAACAUCCGUUGCCAGCAGCACUACCAAGUAGCCAUACCGAAUCAUUUCUGCAGCGAGGAUACGGCGCAGUAUUCCAACGUCUGCAACGGAGACCUGGGGGCCGGCUUUAUCAGCUAUGUGAACGGGGUGCAGAGCGUUACCGGAGUUGCUUCGAUGAUUAGCCAAGCCUGUGGCUACAUAUAUCCAGCGGCGUAUACUCGUGUUGAGCCCUACCGGGCGUGGAUCAAUUCGGUGACGGGUAUCUAAGCUGUGGCUGUGUGUAGAAAUGAUGUUUUUUUCUUUAUAUAUUAAUUAGAUACAAAGUGUUUUGCGGGACAUAUAAAUAUUACGAGGCCAGCUUGGCCCUACUGCCUAUGUAAGACUCAUAUGAUCUUUGGAUCACCAUGAAAACUAAAAGGUUAGCAUAAUAAGACCAAAAACAAACCUAUGCCGUCUUGCCUUUAACUAACUGAGAUAACAUUUUAAACAGGCAAUAAUAAAAAUAAGAGCAGAAUAUGUAAAAUCAAAGAACUAAUAAAGGGCAUAAAAAAAUUGCAAUCAGAGCUAAAA